AUGUCUUAUCCUCCCCAGCAACCCCACGGAUAUCCCCAGCCGGCAUACGGCGGUGAUGGCUACCAGCAGGGCUACCCUCCUCAAGGCGGAUACCCCCCGCAAGGAUACCCACCACAGGGCUAUCCUCCCCAGGGCUAUCCUCCGCAGCAGCAGAACAUGGGCUAUGCUCCGCAACAGCAACAGCCUCCACAACAAGAGCAGAAGAGUGAGAAGGGAUGCCUCAUGAGCUGUCUGGCCGUGAUGUGCUGUUGCUUCUUGUGCGAGGAGAGUUGCGAAUGUUGCCUGGAAUGCUGCGACGUGUGCUGCUAA